AUGUCUAUUUCUGUCGCACCUCUACCGCUUUACCCGUCUACUCGGGCACGAGGCUCUCUCUCUCCCUCGCAGUUGGCGAUACUCAACCAAGCUAUUUCUUCGUCUCUCGCUCAGACUCUGGCUCUUCCGCCCGCUAAACGUGACACUCCGGCCACUCUCGCCUUCGCGUCAUCGUAUGCAAAGGAUAUCGCCCAACAACUGUUACAGUCUUUGAUCUGGGAGGACCAAGAGGGCCGUUCCAAAUUAUUAUCAAAACUUUCUCAAGCGGAACGAUCGACCCGCCAGCGCGUAUUCCUUCUGGUUGAGCGGUUCGCUGCUGCUGGCUUGCUAGAUCUGCAGGCAUUGCUCGAUCUGAGCGUCGCGUACUCGUCGACGAACCCUACACGCCUGCGCUCCCUCUUCAAGUCAGCACUCUCGAGCAAUGCAUCUUUACUGACGUCUCAGGUGGAGGCCGAGGCGAUACCCGCCUUCACAGCUCUCCUCGGAUCGCCUUCUCAGGGUCUCUACGGCCUCCGGAAGGCUGCACACAUUCUGCUUUCCUUCCUCCGUCCAGCGCCGCUAGAACUCUCGCGCCCGAUCGGGCGCGACAAGGCGUUCAUGCUGGCUUUGGGAAAGGCCUACGACCACGGUCUCUCUGCUGUGUCCCAAUCAUACGGUGGCAUCCACAUCCCCCCCGAAGGCUCAAGCACACCAUUGGAUCAGUGGGAGCGCCUCUUCCUCGAGACCAAGGUAGCACUCAUCGACAGCUUCCACAUCCUCCUCGGCACACUCCUCAGUGACAUCGCUUCCGUCCCAACAGCAGGUAGCGCCCUCGCUGCGCAGUGUGAGCCCGCAUUUGAAGUUGUCUUCGCGCUGCUGGAGCUGCCGCUGUCUCAGGCGAGCGGCACCCCCACGCCGUUCCUCAACCAACCGCUCCUGGCGGACUACCAGCAUGCGUAUGAUCUCUCGCGCACACUCAUGCAGGCACUGCGGAGCGCGGACGACGCACGGACGGAGUUGCUCGAGUCGGCGCUGCGCGCUUUGGACGUUUCCUCUGGACCUGGUGGACAGGGCGAUGCCGGGCCCGGGGUGUUGAAGCUGCUGAUCCGCUCCUCAGGAGUGCCUCCGGGAAUCGACAACCUUGGAAGGGGCCCGUCGAAGGCAAUAAGCACGAAAGGCAAGGAGAAAGCGCUCGGUGCGGCAUCGGUCGUGGAGGACGAGGUCCUUGACGCUGCCAUGUCGCAAGUGCUCGACAUCCUCCCAGAUCAGGCGCCUGCGUAUGUCCGCUUCUUGCUGUCCCACCCCGACUAUCCUUACCGCGGGAACGCGGAGAGGCUCAUCGAGGCGCUGUUGGAAGGGACUGCGCCUGGGGUUGGCGAGGUGGAGGCUGCGAUGGCCGACGACAGUGCUGUCCCUCAGCCUCCACCAGAGGAGUUCGUGUAUACGAAGGACAGGCGGAACGUUUUUGAUGAGGAGAGAAUGGAUGUGAGCCAUGUCAGGAUCGGGAAGAAGACUGAAGAUGCCUCUACUGUGUUGCAAGAUCGUGCAUUCAUUGAGCAGAUGAAGGCUGACAUCCUGCGGCGCGCGGAGAUGAUCGAUUCCGAUGAGGAAGACGGGUAUCUUUCAGACCGUGUCGCAGGGGCGCAGGAGAAGGGCCAGGGCCGGGACCUCGCGUUCGAGGAUGAUCUGGACGAUGACGGCGUUGUCAGAGUCCGAGAUGGUGAUUCGGACGAGGAAGGUGAUAGUGAUGGACCCGACACUGGCGAGGAGGCAACGCAGAUUCAGCCGGAGACAAUCCUGGAGCUGGCUUAUCUCCGCGAUCCCAAACUGUUCGACAGAGACGGGCAAACGCGGAGAAGCAAAAGCAGGGCCGACCUCAAAGCGCAGACAGGCUGGUCAGAUGAGCAGAUCGAGGGAUGGAAGAUCAUGCUGGAGAGGGAUCCCAAAAAAGAUAAGAUACUCGCCAAACAUGAAUUCUCGGGAAACAGACCAGGUACUCCCGUCAGCGGCCCUUCCCGUCCGUCUCGUCGCGGCGGAGGCGAUCGCGGUGGACGAGGGCGCGGGGAUGGUGGACGGGGCAGGGGUGGACGCGGAAGAGGGGGCACACAAGAUCAUGGUCCUGGUGGUGGGGGCGGAGAGGGUAGUAGUGGCCGGGGUGGGGAUAGAGGAAGUACGAGAGACAGAGCGUGGAAAGACAAAAAUAAAGCCAGCCGAGGUAAUCACAACAGGAAAAGAGGACAUGACAAGAAGAUGGCUAGAGGGGGAGGGCCAAGUUGA